AUGAACGACCGCGAAUUUCAAGCUUCCGUGGCUCGAUCGGAAAACCUAUCCGAAAGUUCCAGACGAACGAGAACAUGGAAGAAACCAAAAUCAAUCUCGGAUUCGAAGGCACGCUUUCCCGGCUUCCAUCAGGGAAAGACCCACUACAAGACAGGCCAGGUCGUGAAAGCAGGCUAUAAAGCCCUGCCGAUAGACGUUAUCAUGCACGAAAGUGUGCCCAUGAAGCUCUCCGAUGGCAUUACUUUGUACUGUGAUAUUUUCCUGCCCGCUCGGUUCGAGGAUCUGGACGGAACAUACGGUGAUAAGCAAAGGGUUCCUGCUGUUGUUGCUUGGUCUCCUUAUGGUAAGCAGGGCGGCACACAAAUCCUAUCUGACUAUCCUUUCCAUUGCGGUGUUCCUCCUUCUAGCGUCUCCUCACUUCAGAAAUGGGAAGGACCGGACCCUGCUUUUUGGUGCUCUUACGACUACGCCAUCGUCAAUGUCGAUACGCGAGGCACAUUCACAAGUGAAGGCGAUGCCCAUCUCCUCGGUCAUCAAGAAGCUAAAGAUGGCGCAGAGUUCGUCACUUGGCUUUCGCGACAGAAGUGGUGUAAUGGGAAAGUCGGUUUGAGUGGGAAUAGUUACCUUGCUGCAGCUCAAUGGUACAUUGCUAGUUUGAGACCAGAAGGACUAGCCGGUAUUGCACCUUGGGAAGGUCUGAUGGACAUGUACAAGGAUGUAGUCUGUGCCGGAGGUAUACCUGAUACUGCUGGUAUUGAUAUUAUCACUUCGGCAUUUGCUGGUCAAGGUCGACUCGAGGACAUCGUGGCUGCAGCGAACAGGGAUGGAAGUGGCUCUACAUACGACAAGUACUGGCAGGACAAGCGUGCGGUCGUUGAGAGGAUCAAUGUUUCUGUAUAUACUGUGGCGAGCUGGACGAGCAUUUUUCAUACAAAUGGUACCUUGAAGGCAUGGCGACUGGUGCCUGACUCAGUGCCGAAAUGGCUGCGCGUCCACAACAUACAAGAAUGGCCAGACUACUACGAGCACAGAAACACGAUGGACCUGAAGAGAUUCUUUGAUUGGUGCCUCAAAGGCCAACGAACAGACUGGGAAAGCACACCAAAAGUCCGUCUAAGCAUCCUCAACUUCGGCAUGACCCUACAAGAAGACACUAUCGAGCGCGCAGAACACGACUUCCCCCUCGCCAGAACGAAAUACACAAAAUACUACCUCCAACCCGACAAGACACUCUCUCUCACCCCACCAUUCUCACAUUCAGAACUCAGCUACAACACAAACCGAAACAACAGCCUAAUCUUCGAAUACACCCUGCCUCACCCAAUUGAAACAACGGGAUACCCUCACGCCCACCUCAUCAUGUCCACCACACCCACCCACAACGAAAUCGACCUCUUUAUCCAGAUCGAAAAAUUUUCACCUUCCCACUAUCGCCAAGGUACCCUCGUCCUCCGCCCAAAGUUUGGUCCACAAUACGCCCUCCUCAAAUUCAUGCACGACUGGCAAAUCGGAAUGAGUAAACUCGGUCUCCUUUACCACUGGGGCAGUGAUGGGCGAUUGCGCGCCAGCUACGCGCUAGAUAAAGAUGAGACAUCGACGGAGUACGAGCCGAGCUAUUCGUUUACGGAACGUGCGAUGCUGAAAGCGGGGGAGAAGAGGGUGCUGGAUGUGCCGAUGAGGGCGUAUGGGAUGUAUUGGGAAAAGGGAGAUAUUUUGAGAUUCACGGUUUCGGGGAGGCCGGUGGUGCCGCUGGGAUUGCCAGGGGCGAAGGGGCCGGCGACGGAGAACGAGGGUGUGCAUUUUGUGGGCGUUGGUGGGAGGGGGGAGGAGAGUAGUUGUCUUGUCUUGCCUGUUGUGUGA